GAAUGAGUGUUUAGUCCAUCACUAGUUAAUCUCAUGUGCGCGAGCCCGAAUCCUUGUCGCUUUGUGCGUUAUAAUUUUUAUAAUAUUUUAGCCUGCGGCUAGUUUUUUUUACUACGACUUGAAUAAGAAAUGACCGCUGAAAACGAACGCGAAAUAUAUCACAAGUUAGAAGCCAUGAAGGAGAUUAGGAAUAAGACGAUCACCCUGGAGCGCCUAAAGCGGAGCAUCCUCACCGAGGUCCGCUCCGGAGACGCCGAGGGCCGCUGCCUGGCGCAGUACAAGCGCGAGAUGGAGCUGCUUCAGCAGGAGAAGAUGAGCCAUGUGGAGGAGCUACGACAGAUUCAUGCUGACAUUAAUGCGAUGGAAACAGUGAUAAAGCAGACAGAAGAGUCAAUGUCCCGGAAAUUGUCAGCGGCGUCCCGACUGCACGAGGACUAUCGACCGUUGAAAGCGGAAGUGGAUCUCCUACGGCGGCAAUGCUUAGGCCUGGAGCGACUUCCGGAGUUGCAUGAAGAGGAGGGAAGCCCCGUCACACCAGACCGCUUCCCGUCGCUGUCGGCGUCGGCGCCGCGGCCGGUGUCGUUCCUGGCGCCGGCGCCGGGGCCGGUGCGCAAGCCGCCGCCGCCGCCGCCCGCGUUCAGGUCUGCUCUCGACCCUGAUUUCCUUACCGUCUCGCUGAGGCAACAACCCCCGCCAAUGAAGUCCUGCCUGUCCUGCCACCAGCAGAUCCACCGCAACGCGCCAAUCUGCCCGCUCUGCAAGGCCAAGUCUCGCUCACGUAACCCUAAGAAGCCCAAGAAGAAAUAGUCGAACGAUACAUGUCGCUAGUAUUGCCAGAUUUUGUUUAUUAUAGUCCUGGAGUUAGUCAAAACUAUAUGUGUGCGGUCAAGUUUAUAUAGUCCAGGGGCGUAGCUAGAGGAUAUGGCGCCCCCUGACGACUGACAAAAGUUUCCCCGCUGCUGCCUUUUGCCCAUUUUGGCGCCCCCCUAGGAUGGCGCCCGGGGCACUUGUCCCCUCUGUCUCCCCCUAGUUACGCCACUGAUAUAGUCGACUUGAGAGUAAAUAAGUGUUUUUAUUGUUUUCAAAGUACUUAUAAGAAUCCUAUGCAAUUAUUUACAGAUAUAAAUAUCUGAAAGAAUUAGGAUGAAGUCUAUUUGAUAUUUAUUUAUCGAAGCAAUGAGUAACAUGUCAGUAUAUACCAUAAUUGUGUGGCGAAGUCUAGUCUCUAAAUUGAAGCCUAUGGAGGAACCUGGUCUUCAACAGAAGGACAUGAUGUCACGAUCCUCAGCAUUGAGGGACCGACUGAAGAAGAAGACAGGUUAGUCGUAUAAAGAUACAAGCAAAUCUCGUCCUUACGGUAAACGACAAAGUAGGACUUUUUGCUUGGAAACAACACAAUUAUUGUUACACUAAUUCAGAUUUUUUAAUAAAUUGCUAGUAUUUGUUGUGAUCAUAAAAUAAUCCCUUAUUAACACUUUACGAUGUUUUAGAGAGUCAAUUAAUUUUUCUCUGAUUAGUAUUGAAGGAAUCAUUUUAUUGACAUGAAACACGUACGAACUAUUGAACUUUUGAUAUCUUUAAUCGAAUUUCAAAUGGGGUGUAAUUGCGAUGACCUUCUUAUUGUGUUAUUUUGGUCUACGAUAAGUAAAUACUUAACAAGCAUGCAUAAUAUUAUAUUUUGAUAAUGCAUGCCAAAGAAUCACGAAUAAUCGGUUGUUAUAUAAAUUUACAUACAUAUACAUAGUGAUGAUAAAUUAUACCACUUCAAUGAUUUUAAGACGAAAGUGGAGGACCCGCGCUAAAUCGCCAUUUCAUACAAACGUAAUCCUCAUUUUCCUCUCUAGAUAUUAACAUUAUUGAAAAUAUUUUGAUACAAUUUGUUGCAACCUACGUUUGAUUUUUUUCGAAUUUUUCAAUAUUAUAAGUUAGGAGCAUUUAAAAAUUUGUAUGAAAUCAGUUUUUCGCUCCUAAUCUUUACAAUAAUCAAAAAGUCUAAAAAAGUCAAACGUAGCUAUGGUUAAUAUACAUCAUAUUAUGUAAAAAUAUUUUCUAUUAUGUCAAUAUCCAAGAGAAGAAAAUGGGGACUACGUCUUCCUCUUAAUGUGUGCCAAAUAGUAGAAAAAAACUUUACAAUAUAUAUUUCGUUACAAAAUUAUAGCUGCUUGUCCUUUGAAGGACAUGAUUUGAUACAUUAUGUUAUCAAUUGCUUUAAAUUUGUAAACAUAAACGUAUUUGAAGUUCUAAAUGUAUAGAUUUUACUUCUUAGGCUUAUAUUAUUAAAAGUCAAAAGUAGUAUUCAAUUAAAAUACAUUGAAAUUGUGCCAAUUAUAUUGAUAAAACAUUGUAAACAUCCUUGUUUUCAAAAACGCAUGUAGAUUUUGUAAAUAGUUUUAUAGUGUAAGUGUAGGUUAGGCUAGUAUUAAAUUGUGGAGUCCAAGUAGUCUCUACAUAUAAACUAAUAAGCAAGGAUGUGGCCCUUACAUCAAUUCUCCCGUUUAACUUAAUUUUAUUUCCAAUUAAGUACUUUACUAUAGUGCGUUUUUAGCAUUAGAAAGAAGGUAAGCGAUCAUGACGUGUCUUUCUAUUAAAAAUCACUUUUGAAAAAAAAAAGUCGGCAGCAAAUAUGUUAGUUAUAAAUAAACAUCCAAAUAAAAAUACUUUUGUAAACUUAAAAAAAUAUAUAUAAAUAAUUUACGAUUUUUGUACAUUCUUUUGCUUUCAUAAGUAAUGUGAACUAAUUUUUUAAAAGCUUUUUUCAAUAUUUUUCAAUAAAAAGACACAUCAAGAUUAUUUACCUUUUUUAUAAUGCUAAUAAACGAACUAUGGAAUCUGAGAAAUUAUUCUUAAUAUUUUUCUUACUUACGAUGUGUGUUUAGUCUAACCGAUUAUGUACCUAAGUCUAUUUAAAGGAUGAAUAUACACGGUGGCUAAAAAAUAAGUGCAUUCCCGUUGCUAGGGAGGUUUUGGGAUUAUACUGAGCAACUUUUAUUAUGGGAAGAACCACGAAAUCGAGAAAAAUAAUUUACUCUCCCAUAGACAAUGGACCAGCAAAAAUGUAUGAAACAGCCAAUUUUUUUUUCGCGAUUUCGGAGUUGGUCCCGUAGUAAAAGUUGCUCAGUAUAAUCAAUCAAUCAAUAUUUUUAUUUCAGGCAAAAAACCCAAUGCAUAAUGGAAUGCACUUAUUUUUUACCCAUCGUGUAUAAAAGGAUGAAUAUAAUAAUAUAACAAUCAACAUAGUUGUGACGGGAGAAUUAGGGUUACUAUAUAAAGUCCUUGUUUUUGGAUACAUAUUGAUGUUAGGAUUUUAGUCAUCGGUCAGUCGCGCUCUGAGGGCUUAUCGCGAGCCACGUUCGACGUGUUGCCUCUCUGUCGCACUUGUAAAUUCGUACGUAAGUGUGACAGGGAGGCAGCACGUCGAACGUGGUUCGCGGUAGGCCCUCUGAUUUACCAGUAUUCCGUAUCGCUCUACAACUACUAUAUACUGACGCCAAACAUUGCCAUUCUUGGUUGCCGUUCACACAUUAUUAGAAUUUAAAUAUAGACAGCUAUAUGCAUUUGCAUAGUUAUGCAUGUAGGUCUAUGUUGCUCUGUGGUAUAUGACAGAUUAAUCGGUCUUUGGCGUUGAACCUACGGUGCGUAUAUAUCGGUCAUUGGCGUCCAAAAGGUUAACGUGUUGGAUUGUAAUGAAACUAGUUAUGCUGGCGCCAUCCGCUAAAUACAUUGACCGGCCAACCCCAUUUUCUACUUUGUGUUCUAAUAUACUAUUUUCAUAACUAACAAUUGCCAGACAACAUAGAUACAUAAUAAUAAAACAAAACAAUAUUAGAACCUGUCCAGUGUCAAAAGCCAUAUUCCAAUGUUCGUGUAAAUAGUAGCGUACAGCGCAUUGUGUAUAGCUACGAAUAUGUUUUUACAAUAAAACGUUCAUCUGUGUCGA